GAGAUGAAGAAGCUCUAUAAUGGCAAAGGUAAGAGGAUCCACCCCUCACCUCCCCCUUCCUCUCCAUGGGACUUCCUCGCAGCCCUCCCCGCCGCCCUCCUCUCCCUCGCCGCCGCACUCUCGCCGGAGGAGAAAGAAGUCCUCGUCUACCUCCUUUCCGAUACAGCUUCUGGAAAGAAGAAGCCCCAUCUACUCCCUCACCAGCCGGAGCUGCGCUGCGGCUGCUUCAGCUGCUACAAAAGCUUCUGGGCUCGUUGGAACGCCUCUCCUAACCACCACUUAAUCCAUCAAAUCCUGGAUGCCGUCGAGGAGACUCUACAAUCUCAAUCUAUUCCUUCUUCCCGCCCCAGCCGCCGCCGCCGCCGUGGAGGCCGCCGGAAGGAUUCCGGCGAGGAAAUUUCUUCUUCGGCUUCGUUUGUUGCAGUGGAGGCGACUAAUCCGGGUGAUGUGGAUGGGGAUGAUGAGGGGUAUGAUGGUAAUGCGGGAGAGGGGGAGGAAGAGGAUGAGGAGGAGUUUGAUGGGAUCGGAGAAGCCGCCGGCGACGGAGGAGAUGACCGUAGUCCGGUGAGGAGGCUGGUGAGUUUUAUUGGGGAGAGGGUUUGGGGGGUCUGGAACUAUUAAAGCUUCGAUUUUUAUUUUGUUCAAGGUGGAAAUGGGUGGUUUUGACUGGUUAGAGAAGAAACCAUAGGUUAGUUCUUUUGCUCCAUCUUCUUCUUCUUCUUGUCAGGAUUUAUGGUGUUGCCCUAAUUCUGACUCUCCCGGUUCCUUCAAUUCUCUUGUAUAGUAUAAUUUCUUUUUUUUUUUCCUUUUAUCCUUUGUGUUAUGCAAUAAAAGAUUGCAACUUUAUGGAAAAUUA